AUGGUGAACCCCUGGAGAGGGAGAGUAAUUUCAACCCCAAUAUUCCCCAUCUGUCUCACGUGCCCCCCACGCUCUGGCGCAAGGACUCGGACAAGAGUCGAACGUGCAAAUGAGCCUGACGAGACCAAGACCAGCCCGGGUAGCCUGACUAUUUCUGGGCAUCCACCAGGCAGACGUCGGUCAUUCAUUCUCGUGUCGCAUCUACACGAACGCUUGACUGGCUAUGUUGAUCGCUCAAAGAAGUGCCUGCGACCGCUGCCGAACCCUCAAGAUCUGGUGGUCCAGCGAAUCUGGAGUUUCCAACAAGGUGGCCACUCAGUCGACACCGUCAGCCUCCCGCAGCUCCUCGAAACCGUCCAGCAUAACGAUUCGGACGAACCUGUCUCAUGUGGUUCCGUUCAAAUGUCACCAAUGCGAGCGACCUUGGAAAUUGGCUGGGAGCCAUACCAAGAUAUCCGGCAGAGCACGCAGUAUGUCUCGACGGCUUGGAUCAAAAUAUAUCCGCUGGGAUGCUCGGAUCACCAAACCAAUAUGAUAGAUACACAACUCGACGACAUGUCUCCCGGAAAACCUACAUUAAUUGGCUCUUCAACCAGUAGCGCAAGUCAUUGCUGGAUACUGGCAUACGACCACCCCUCUAUUGAUAGUCACUUCGAGUCGUUCGCUGAUGAUGGUCCUUCGCUCCCGCCAGAAGCCUCUCGACAGCCUUUGGACGUAGCGCUCGGGGAUUUAAUGACACUCGAUCUCUGGUAUUCGACGCACCACGGCAAUGCAUCAUGCGGAAGGAACUUGUCACAAGCCACUCCAAGCAUUAAACAACGACGAUCGACGUCUCUACCAUCCAUAUGGGCUGCGGUAUCCGGCGCUUUCAGCUUCACCACCCCGACGACGGGUGAUUUCCGACAGAGGCGGCUACGUCACGCAUUCAGAUAG